AUGACAAAUAUCAGAGAGCUAAAUAUAGAGGGAGUCUGGGGCUGGCAGUACUCUGCUGAGCUACAAGGGAAGCUACCUAACCUUCAGAGGCUCCGACUAAUAAAACCAACAUGUCAGUGGGAUACAUCAGAGGAUGUUGAUAAUGCCUUUACAGAUAAGACAAGUAUGGAAAUACUUGAUUUGUCAGGAAACAGUGAUAUGAAAAAUCUUCCAACAAGCCUAUCAAAAGCUCGCAGCCUUGAGAUGCUUAUACUUGAUGGUUGUGAUGGGCUUGAAAAUGUUGGCAGGCUUCCUUCCUCCCUCAAAUACUUUAGCUUUGAUGGACAUGGGCCAGCUUCUCAGUGGACACAAACUAUUGAGCUACCUCCGAAACAAUUCUGGCCGUCCACCACAAUCGAUAAUAAUGACAGCAGAAUCUCCAAGAUCUCCUUAGAAGGCUGCACACAAUUGGAGAAUCUAUACUUGUGUGGGCUACCCAACCUCGUGGAAUUGGACCUCUCUGGAACUAUGAUCAAGGUACUUGACUUCAAUUCUAUGGUGGUGCAAGUCCCAAGGCUCAAGCGACUGUUUCUAAUAGGAUGCAAGCGACUUCGUGCAAUAGUUUCAUUACCCGAAAGUGGUUCUGAGGUAAAACACGACCUGCAGUUGAUGUGCAUGGACACUCGAGUUGGAACCGUGUGCCCUCGGCCAUCCAUCAACAGGACCAAAUCCUUCCGGUUCAAACUUCAUGUUGUUGUUAUGGAUGCGAGGCUUACUCGCUCUUUGAAGGAUGGGUUGUCGCCUUAUUUAUACGGCUUCCCACCCGUGGAUGUUUAUUAUAAUAUCCAUGUCACCUCGUCACCCGUGUAUGAUGGACUUGUUCAAUCUGAAGCAGCUGGCAAGAAUAAGAUUGGUCCCGGUGAUCAAGAGAGCUUGCAGCAGCUUUUACCAGCCGGCCUGUAUAGUGAUGUCCUUUGCAUGGUUGGCGUUGGCGAUACCCCGAUGCAGGCUUUCCCGCAACCUCCGACUAUACAGCUGGACCGACAUAUAGAGAUUGGUAAAGGGAGCUGCUAUGUGGGGAGCGAACUGAGCAGAAAAUUGGGUGAAUUGGUGGGAUCUUCUGCUGAAUCCCUGCACAUACAUGACGUAUUGAUACAUGCCACUGUUCCUCAAUAUUAUUGGUUUGGCUUCCUUAAGUGGUGCUGCGUGGAGAGGUGCCCAAAGUUGGAUGUUGUCUUCCCAUGGUUAUCAUGUGGAUUCGAUAAUCUGGAGACCUUUUGGGCGUCGGAUCUCCUAAUGGCCCGCUGGAUCUGGAGUAAAGCUUCAGGGAAUAUUAUCUUCCCCCGCACAGAUUCCUUUCGAAAUCUACAACAGAUACACCUGCGCUCCUGCCUCGGCCUCCAGUUCGUGCUCCCGCUAUUGGUCUCCUCAUUCCCCAGCUUGAAGACCCUUCACAUCAUUCACUGUGGCGAGCUCAGCCAUGUCUUUGUACUGUACGAGAAAAUAACCACCCAUGAUGUAUCAUUUCCGAAGCUGACCACCAUCCACUUGCAUGACCUCCCGAAGUUGCAGCAGAUAAGUAGUAACUUCAUGAUGGUGGCACCCGCACUCGAGAGCAUCAAGAUAAGGGGAUGCUGGAGCCUGCGCCGGCUGCCAUUCGUGGGUGCCCGUGGCCAAGGCGAGAAGAAGCCAGCCGUCGAGAUGGAGAAGGACGUGUGGGACGCUCUGGAGUGGGAUGCCGACCACCGCCCUGAUCACUUUGAGGCGCCGCUCCACUCGCGCUACUACAAGGCAAAACUACCCAGGGUCUCCGUCCUCAGGUGA